AUGUCUGUCACAGAAGCUGAGACCGUAUCAGUCGCGGAGUGGCUCUUUGCUCAGCCGGCGCUCAAUCUCUCAGUCUCGGAGAAUGCAAUAGAAUGGGACAACACCGUGGCCCUGAUUGAGCUUAUGGUUCCCGGAAAGGCUGAAGCAUUGAGCUAUCUCAAUUCCAAUGGCUCUGCACCUCUUCGAUAUGCCCACGUUGUCGUGGAUCAUCGCGCGACAACCGAGCCGUAUCUCGUAGACCUGCUUGUCGGUCCUUUACCUAUCCAGAACGGCACUAUCCGGUACGAGCCUUUGACGUACCCCUACACCAAGUCAGCCGGCGGUCGCGUGCGGAACCUGGACGCAGAUUCGGAGACCAUGUCGGCGUGGUUCUACAACAUCAGCGCGUCUAUCGCAGACAUCACGCAGGAACUUUGGGGCGGUAUGGCCACGGGUGGAGAUGAGGAUUCACUAGAUCUCUGGGGCAUUGAUCCGCCAUGGCAAGAUGACGGCCGCAUCAUCCGCUGGACAGCGUUCUGGAACUUACCAACAUCUGACUUUGACGUUGAGACUCUGUUGCCGCUCGGUCUCUACUUCAAGGCUGACGUGACUGGGAGGGAUCCCGCCGGCUGGAGCGUGGAAGGAUGGUUCUACAACGGCAUCUUCUACAGCACAACAGAGGAGCUCAGGUCAGCGUUCUUCUCGCCUGAUUUCGUCAAGUUGCCGCCCGAUGAGGACGGUUUGUGGAUCCAAACAGGCCAACGCGGUCCUGUGCCUCCGCUUGACACAGCGUACCCGCCAACAAUGGUUGCGCCAAGUGGCUCCCGGUUCUUUGUGGACGAACAACAACAAUACGUGAAAUGGAUGGACUUUGAGUUCUAUCUCGGGUUCUCGCGCGACAUUGGACUCUCACUCCACGACAUCAAGUACAAGGGCCAGAGGAUCAUCUACGAGCUCAGCCUUCAAGAAGCAAUCGCUCAUUACGCGGGCCAGGAUCCCAUGCAGAGCGGAACAGCUUACCUGGAUAGCUUCUACGGGUUUGGACCAUAUGCUUUCGAGCUUGUCAAGGGCUAUGACUGUCCCCCGCACGCCACGUAUCUGAACAGCUCUUUCUACGUUCGCGAGACGACGCAUACACACACCGAUAGCAUCUGUCUCUUCGAGAUGGACGCCCCAUACCCAAUGCAACGCCACAGCACAGCAAGCUACGUCUCGGCCGCAAAAAACGUGUAUUUCACGGUGCGCACAGUCAACACCGUCGGCAACUACGACUACAUGUUCUCGUACGAGUUCUAUAUGGAUGGCAUCAUCGACGUCAACGUGCGGGCCUCGGGCUACAUCCAAGCCGCCUACUUCGCCAACAACCACGACUACGGGCACCAGAUCCACGACGCGCUCUCCGGCUCGAUGCACGAUCACGUGCUGAACUACAAGAUAGACUUCGACGUGCUCGGCACCGCCAACACGAUGAUCGCAACGACCCUCGUGCCUGCUACAGAAACCUACCCCCUACAGAAACCUACCCCUGUGCGCGAGUCCAUCGCCUCUGAGGACAGCAGCCGCCUCCUCUGGGGCGCGAACGGCGCAACCCAGUACACGGUCGUAAACACAGAUCAGCCAAAUAGCUACGGCGAGCCCCGCGGCUACCGCAUCCUGCCCUCACUCGGCACCGCGCACCUCACCGUGCAGGACUCGAGCAACAUCGUCAAUGCCGCGAACUGGGCGACCCACGACAUAUAUAUCACGCGACAGAAGGACUCAGAGCCCCGCGCCGCGCAUCCCUAUAAUUCGCAGGACGUGUUCGACCCGCCUGUAGACUUCGCCCAGUUUUUCGAUGGGAGAGUUUGCUGCAGGAGGAUAUGGUCGUUUUUUACAACGAGCCAUAGUGGCGUGCAGGUCAUGCCAUUGAACUAUCUGGAGGGCGAUCCGAGCAUGGAGAGUGUGCAUCAGGUCAAGAUUGAGUAUGAGGCCGGCGCGGUGGGCGAGGUUGAGACGUUUGGUCAGCCGGAAAGUAGCUGUCAGGCGGAGUGGUGGGGGUAUAAGGGGGAUUCGGUGGUUAGGAAGUUCCCUUAUGCGCCGGGGGAGGUGUACUAUGAGACUGAAGAUGUGGGCUAA